CAAUUUUCAUCGCUUGCUUCCUCCAGGGUCGUCGAGCGCACUUGUGCAGCGUGAAAUAUGAGCAACGCGACACUCGCACCACAAAAUUUUUCAAGAAGUACUGUAUCUUCAUAAGCCAUUCGACCACGCAUCGCAAAACUUCCCUGCGAACCUUGAUGCUUCCCAAUCUCACAGUGCCACACCGAUGAGAUUCCACCCGAGAUGGCGGGGCGUAUCUUCCCAGGAACCUUUAUCUUGGCGCAUGUACGGUGCGGCGAACAAUCGUCGAGGGACAAAGACAGGAAUAUGCUCAUAUGUUGCGAUUCGCUGAACCCGCCCGGCUGAAAGGUCUUUAAUUGAUCUACCGGCAUGGCGAGAACAGCCCUAAAUACAGGGGGCUGUACGACGUGCAUCGUCACACUAUGGAAAGAUUGGUACCUUAGAUCCUGAGAAUCUUCUGCAAUGCAUAAGAAGAGCGAUUUUGCUUCAUGAGAGCACACUGUAGUCGUCGAACCUCCUUGACUUGUGUUGCAAUGGCUCGCAUACUGUCGUUUGUGUCCAGCCUCGCGUAUCUAUCACUACUUGGUCUAUCCUCUGCGGCUCCACCAGAUAUCAAUGGAAAGACCUACGAGUACAUCGUUGUUGGUUCUGGUCCCGGAGGUGGACCACUCGCGGCGAACCUUGCCAUAGCGGGACACUCUGUACUUCUCCUCGAAGCCGGAGACGAUCAGACAGAGAACCUCAAUGUCUCACAAUGGGUAAAUUUCAAUGCUGCUGGAAACGAUCCGGCGACGAGAUGGGAUUUCUUCGUCAAGCACUCGGACGAUGCGGCGCGAGAAGCCCGGUAUCUCCACCGCACUUGGAGAAAGACUGAUGGCAGCUUUUAUGUCGGUAUUGAUCCACCAACGGGUGCAAAGCCCCUCGGAAUAUACUAUCCUCGCGCUGGAACACUAGGAGGCUGCGCAAUGCACAAUGGAUGCUUGACUAUGAACCCUAAUGAUGUUGACUGGAAUGAAAUUGCUGAGACGACUGGAGAUGAGUCAUGGUCGGCCGAGAAUAUGCGCAAAUACCUCGUCAAGCUCGAGAAGGCACAUUAUAACAGCAGCUACGUUCAUGGACACGAUGGCUGGCUCGACACUACCAUGCUUGACUCCGGCUAUGCAGGGUUCGAGGACGCGAGAGAGCUAACUACCCUCGCCGCCCAAGCUGCAGGCUACAAGACGUCUGAUACCACCAAUCUUCUCAUCCGGGAUAUGAAUGGCAACCAAACCAAUCGUGACAACCUAGUUGGACCCUUCGGAGGCGUCAGCCACAUCAAUCCAAAUGGUCGCCGCUCCUCUCCAGGGUAUUACGUCCGCGACACAGUGGCCAAGAACAAGUACCCGCUGACGCUCUCGCUCGACACGCUCGCCACUAAAAUCAUCUUCAAGAGCACUGGCACCGCUCCGAGGAAGAAGGCCGCUGGCAUCGAGUAUCUUCAGGGCAAGUCUCUCUACUCCGCCGAUCCUCGUUCCAAUGCGAAUGUCACCGGCAAGCCCGGCAAGGUCUACGCCUCGCGCGAAGUCAUUAUCUCUGGUGGUGCUUUCAACACGCCGCAAUUGCUCCUCCUAUCCGGCAUUGGCCCCCGAAAGCAACUAGAGAAGUUCAAGAUCCCCGUAAUCGCCGACCUUCCCGGUGUAGGCCAACAAGUCGCCGACAAUUACGAAGCUGGCAUUCUGUCCCUUGCCAAACGCGACGUCAACGUCGGGCAAAACAUCUUCCCCAACUUCUUCAAGAGCAGCGUCGGCAAGAUCCGCGACAUCUACAUGUGGUGCGGGAACUUCGCCUUCGAGGGAUUCUGGCCUGGGUUUCCAAAUAUUCCUGAAAAGAAUUUCACUGGGGAUUACGGGCCACGCGAGUACGAGUGUGCGCUUGUGCACAUGAAUCCCAGAAGCCAGGCCGGCACCAUCGAGCUGCAGUCGACGAACCCACGGGACGUACCUGCUAUCAACCUCAACUUCUUCAAGGAUGGUGCGGAUGAGGAUCUGACUGCGAUACAUGAGGGCGUGGAGUGGGUCAGAUCGUGGCUGUCCAAGGUGAACGCUUCUGACGCAAAUUCUCUCGCUCCAUUUGAGGAGAAGCAUCCCUGUGCAGGCACGAUUGGAAAGCAGAACUGUACUGCGGCAGCGGAGAAGACCUACAUCAAGGAGCAAGCGUACAGCCAUCAUGCAUCCAGUAGCGCUCGCAUUGGCGCAGAUGAUGAUCGCUAUGCCGUUUUGGACAGCGAGUUCAAAGUGAGAAAGGUGGCUGGCUUGAGGGUUGUAGAUGCGAGUUCGUUCCCAAAGGUACCUGGCGGUUUUCCAGUGCUUCCGACUAUGAUGAUCAGCGAGAAGGCUACCGAUGUCAUCUUGCAAGGCUUGGCCGACGAUGAGUAGGAGAAGAUGGUAUUAGAACC